UGACGUCAUGGGUCACGCGACUACGCCAUUUUGCAGUAGGUGUCAUAUGCAGAGCACAGGUACAGGGCCUAUACGGAGAAUAUAAGUCAGCUGUCACUUAUUAAGGAGAGAAGAUGUCAUCACGAAAGAAGGUUUUGUUAAAGGUGAUAAUACUGGGAGACAGUGGUGUUGGGAAAACAUCACUUAUGAACCAGUAUGUUAACAAAAAGUUCAGUAAUCAGUACAAGGCUACCAUAGGAGCUGAUUUUCUAACCAAGGAAGUGAUGGUGGAUGAUAGACUUGUCACAAUGCAGAUUUGGGAUACAGCAGGUCAGGAGAGAUUCCAGAGUUUGGGUGUGGCAUUCUACAGAGGAGCAGAUUGUUGUGUUUUAGUUUUUGAUGUUACAAUGCCAAAUACAUUUAGAUCUCUGGACAGUUGGAGGGAUGAAUUUCUAAUACAGGCUAGUCCACGUGAUCCAGAUAACUUCCCAUUUGUUGUAAUAGGAAAUAAAAUAGACUUGGAAAACAGGGCGGUGACGGCCAAGAGAGCCCAGAGUUGGUGCAACACCAAGGGUGAAAUUCCCUACUUUGAAACCAGUGCGAAAGAAGCCAUUAAUGUAGAGCAGGCUUUCCAGACAGUGGCCAAGAAUGCCUUGGCACAGGAGAAUGAUGUUGAGCUGUACAAUGAGUUCCCAGAUCAAAUCAAAAUCACCAAUGACCAGAACAAGCCUAAGGAAGGCUGUGGAUGCUAAUAAAAUUUAGCAUGUAUGAUAAGUGAUUUGAAAAGACAAAAGACAAUUUUCAGCUGUUAACAGUUGUGAAAUGUCUCAAAUGAUUCCAGCUGUGAGAAUGAUACAUUGAUAAGCAUGAGUUCAGUGCUUGACUAAAUGUGUGAUUGGAAUGCUGGAGACUUGAAAUACUCUGCCAAGUUUGUGAUAUCUAGAUCCCAAUUGUGGCUUCAUUAACUUACUGACACGUUCAAGGAUAUUUGAGAAAGAGGGAGAAAAAAGAAUUAAUGUUUUGUGUUCCCCAUGGAUUUUGAGUUAGGGAUAUAUUUAUUUGAUAUGUUUUCAAAAUUCUGUAACCCAAUUAGAUACUUGACUAUUAAGGGACAUUCCAUUGUUGGGGGUACACACAAAUGUUUUGUGGAUAACAAAUCUUGUUUAAAAGGUUAGGAGGACAUUAUUUACAGUAAAUAACUGAAUACAUUUCACUAAUGGGUAUGGAAGAGGGGAUUGAAUUUCUUUUUACUUGAAUGUGUCAUGAAGGUAUUGAACCAGAUACCACAGGGUCUAGGUCACAAUCAUCUCCAUAGGGAUCAAACUUGAAAUAGGUACUGAUGAGUGGACAUUAUGAAAUGACAUUAUUCAAUACUUCAGUAAUGAUGGGAAAUAUUUUUAUUUAUAUUGAAUGCUAUUUUGGCCAUUAUAGCAAUAGAAGACAAUGUCUUCAGAUGGCCAAUACUUUUGGUGUAAAAACGUGUUGGAUAAUCACCCUUGUUUGUGUGACAGCUGUGGCUGAAUUUCUUUGUGCUGGUUUUUACAAAUUCUAAACGUUGAUUAUGGUGCAAUUAUUUAUUUAUGUGAUUACGAUCAAUAUUAAAAUGUAAACUUGUAUCAGUGCUUGCUCUUUUUAGAUGGAACAUUUUAUAAUAAAAAACAAUCUGAUAUUCAUGAGGCAGAUUUUACAUUGGUGUUGUGAACUCGGCGUUCACACCUGUGUCUGAUACUUUUCCACUUUCGAUAUAAUUGCCGUCGUAUGCACUUGCAUAGUGUUAGAAUUGUGUGUUUGGAAAUCAUGGUUCAGAUUUUAUUUGACUGUUUUCUCUGUUAUUGUUGUUGAAUAAAUAACUAAAAUUUGUCUAGUCGUAAUACUUAACCAAUUUCAACUUGGUAAAGAACGGGAAUCCGGUCAUUACUUUGUAUAAAAUGUUUUCACGCUUUACUAUGCUUGAUAGUUGGAUUUUGUCAUUUAAUCGUUUUGAUAAAUUCUAAAUACAGACUUGUUCACAAUAUUUCUGUGAAGGUUUCAUGAAUUAUCAAUCUUGGCUAUAAGUUGCAAAAUCUUUUUUACGUAAGUAUGCAAAUCAUGGCUUGAUUAUUUAUCAUGUACUGUACAUAGUAACACACCUAAAUUGACACAUUUGUAAAAAUACAUAGAUUGUGUGCAAGAUCAGGCCUGGAUGUUAAAUCUUUAUUCUACAAAAAUAUUGGCAUAAGUUAAAGUACAUGUGGCAUUCAACAUCAAGGUUUGAUGACAAACUGGACAAAGUUCUUUAUAAGUGUUAGUAUGAUAUACAUGGCUCAAAAUAAUCCAUAUUAGAACAAGGGCAAUUUUGUUGUGAUUUGUACUCUUUAACAAUUAAAUUGAAAGCUUGUUUUUCAAAGAUGUUUUUUUUUUUUUUUUUUUCUCUCACACUUUUGCUUUAAUCCUGUAUUGUCUUUCGAAAAACGUUCGAGAAAAUAUGUAUCAGUGGGAGGGUCGGGAUAUACAUUCUGUACUGGUCACAAUUUCGAACUAGUUUUAUGAUUAGUAAAGUUUGGUGAUCAGGAAUAAAUGUACCUAGGUGAAAAAGAGUUUGUGAAAAUGAUUUGCCAGUUUAUAAAGUGGACCUCUCCUAUCUGAAAGCAUAAGGGUACAAUGUAUUGCUUAAAAUACAUAAUCUAAAGAAAUUGAUUGGGAUAAUAAGGGUAUAUAUAUGUAUAAACUGUACUGUCUUUUCCUUGUUAUGUAAGUUAUAAUUUAUCCAGCUGUCUUAUCACAUCUAUCCCAUCAAUGAAUGAAACGAUGUAUAAUUUUAUUAGUUGUAAUAGCAGAGUGGUGUGAGGUGCAUGUUUGAAGAAUCGAGUAAAGAGAUAUUAGUACUCAACUUUACACAUGUUUAUGUUCAUCUAUAUGUUAAUCUCUCAAUACAUGUUCUUUUUAUUAAAACUUAAAGAUUACAACUUUUAGAAAAUUUCUAUUAACGAUCAUGACAAUUGAAAGUUACAAAUUUUUUUUUUAAUAUCACCGGGUAUCAGAGAAGUUCUGUUAUGCAUUGAGAAUUAAGUUCAGAUUAUGAUUGAGUGAGUGAAGUGUCUGAAUGCAGUUGUGUGUGUAUCGGAAAAUUUGCUUGACAUGGAGUGUAUACUUACUAUACGUAGUACAUGUAUAUAGACAUUUUGUUAUUACUAUAAAUGGUUGUCCAUUGGUAUACAUGUACAUAUGAUCACCAGAAUAGCUUUCAACAUGCAAUUUCUAUAGCAUAUCAUAGAGAGAACAAUUUCCACAGAAAAUGCUGUCUUGGUGAGAAGUACAUUUAGUUUAAAAAAAAAAAAUUCAGAGGUAUUUAAUUUUCAUGUCAUCACUUCUGAGACUUAACAUUUUUCACCCUAUUAUAAUUACCAGUAUAGAUUAUAUGAUAAUGAGAAAAGAGUCGAAAGAAAAGUUAAUUUUUUCCAGUUAAUUUUCAGAUAAAUAAUUUUAAUAACAAAUUUCUUAUCUGCAUAUAUGCUCAUUUGUAUUACUUUAUAAUGAAACGUGUUCAUAUGGAGAGAGCAUUUGGCAUGUAUUUACUGUAUUAUGUUGCAACAGGAACCUAACUACCAAUUUUUUUUAUAAAUAUACAUCUAUAAAUGUAUUUGUGAUAUUCAUUUCUAGUACUGAUGAUUGUAACUUUUUAACUUAUGAUCAUCACAUUUUUGACUUGUGGUCAUGUCUACCAAAAGAUUGCCACAUCUGUGAUAAUGUACUGAUUUUCGACUGUUAGAAUCAUAUGUUGAACUGAUGGUUGUCACAUUGUAGGCCCACAAUAAUAUCUCUCAAGAUUGUGUGAUGCUAUGAGAAGAGUUGUUUUCAUACAUUGUGAUUUAUUACAAGAUCCACAGCUAAUUACUGUAAGCUUUGUUUGAAAAGUCUGUUUAAUGAUACAAUUCCUGUCUAUCACAGACAGCUUCAUCAUUAGCACUAUCUUUUUUAUACCCUCUGUAACACUGGAGUUCGUUUAUCUGGUCUUCUAGUUGUCUGUUGACCAAACAUUGCCCAAGAAAUACUUAAGAAACAUGGUGCACUUCAAAAAGUAGUUGUGUUCUUACAGUGAUGUUUUUCCUGGGAGUGGUGCCCCUUAUAUAAUAUACAUGUAUGGAGUUUGAUCAAAGAUGCUUUCUUUCUCAACUAAUUCUUAAAAAAUUUGGCACACAUGAUCAGUUUGUAACUUACGAUAUAUGCUGGCUAUUUAUUUUUCAUUUUAAUGUUGUUUUCUUCUGAGUUAUUCUCAAAAGAUAUCCUUAAUUUUUUUUCUGUGGGAGCCAACUAUAUUACUGGAAGGUUAGUCUGUGGCCUGUAGUUCCAGGUCAGUACAGCAGUAAUACCUACACGAAUUCUACAUCAAUGGAGCAAAUAUUGGUAGCCUAAAAUAUGAUGUUAAUCAAACAUAUAUGUAGUUGUGGGGUGGUACCACCCAAAACUGGCCAGUGAGUACAACUUAAGUGCUACCUGUUGUAUGGGUAAUCCCAUAUGGUGUGCAUUUUGUUUGAAUACACUAAAAUAAUAAGUAUUGCCGACUCAAUGACAUGAAAAAAUCUGACGUCUUGAAACAAAAAAAAAUGUUUAAAUUGAUGUAUAACUCUAUAUUAAAUGCAUGCAACACCAAUAUUUACAUAAAAUACAUGCCAAUAGUAUGCAUGCAUCUCGUCAUUCUUAUGCUUAGAGAUGAAAUAUUAUACGUACAAUGUACUUUAUGAAUAAAAUCAUCAGUAAAUCAUGAA